UCCAUUUUCUCCUAUAUAAUCAUCACUCUCCGUUUUCAUCUGUGGCUCUGCAUUUCUCAGGUGUUCUUUCUAACUGCUUGUCGUUUGAUCAGAUUGUUGGUUAUGCCAGCUUGAAUUGUAGAUCUGGUGAACAAAGAUGGCAAAGAAGAAGAAUCCCCUAGUUUUUAUGGACGUGUCAAUAGAUGGUGAUCCUGUUGAAAGAAUGGUUUUUGAGCUCUUUUCUGAUAUUGCUCCCAAGACUACAGAAAAUUUCCGUGCCCUUUGUACAGGAGAAAAGGGAAUUGGUCCUAAAACUGGAAAACCGCUGCACUACAAGGGUUCCUUUUUCCAUCGUGUCAUUAAAGGUUCCUUGGCCCAGGGUGGUGAUUUUGUAAGAAGGGAUGGAACUAGUGGGGAAAGCAUAUAUGAUGGGAAGUUUCCAGAUGAAUCACCUAGGCUGAAGCAUGAUGGACCUGGUCUUUUAUCCAUGGCAACUGCUGAUCGUGACACUGUUGGUUCACAAUUUGUUGUCACCUUCAAGGCUAAACAUGACCUUGACAGAAAGUAUGUUGUUUUUGGACAGCUUGUGCAAGGAAUUGAAGUGCUGAAGAAAAUUGAAAAUGUGGGUGAUGAGGAAGGAAUACCGACUGUGACAGUGAAAAUUAUUAAUUGUGGUGAAUUCAGUGAAGACAAGAGGAAAAAUAAGUUGAGAAUGGGAAAAGAUGCUUCUUCUGGUGCUAACAGUUAUGAAGCGCGUAGGAAGUGGAAAAAUAAGAAAUCAAGAGAGAAAAGGAAGAAGAGGAGACACUAUUCAUCUGAUUUGGAGAGCUCUUCAGAUUCAGAGACAGAAUCAUCCGAGUCUGAUAGUGAUUCUGAUUCAUAUCUCUCAUCAUCCUCGGAUAUUAGUUCAAGUGAUGAUGGGCUCAAGAAGAGGAAGAGAUAUUCCAAACGAGAAAAACAUAGGCGAGGGAAAAGAAGAGAUAGACGACGUGACAAAAAGAGAAAACGAAGUGAUAAGAGAUCAAAGCAUAAAUUAAGGGCUUCUGAUAGCCUUACAGAUGAGGACAGCAAAACUAGCAGCGAAAGCAGCACUGACAAUGAUGUUCAAGGAAAACCACAGAAGCAUAAAGAGCCUUCUCAGAAAAGUGUUCGGAGCCAAUCCCCUUCGGCUACAGAGAAAGCAAUUCCUCACGGAAAGAUAAAAGAGGCUGAUUUUCUUGUGAAGGAACGUGAAGCUCCUAAGGUGAAUGGAGAGCGAAAGAGCAAUGGCAUUGAAGAAGAAGCUAAAUCUGAAAGCAGUGCACAGAGACAACCUGACGUGGUAGAUGAUCGCCCAAGCAAAUCUAGGAGCAGAGGCAGAAGUCCUAGAAGGUCCAUGAGUAAGAGUACGAGUCCCAGGAGUCAAAGCCGGAGCCCAAGUUGUAGCCCGAGGCGGACUGUGAGCAGGAGUCCAGGUGUGAGUAGGAAUCCCGCACGUUUUCCAGAAAGAAGUGUAAGUAGGACUCCUGUUAGAAGCGUAAGCAAAAGUCCAUUGAGGGCUAGAAAGAACAGAAGCAGUAGGAGCCCAGUUAGAGGAAAUUCUCGAAAAAGCAUUAGUAAAAGCCCUGUAAGGUCUCGUUCUCGAAGAAGCUCAAGUAGGAGCCCACCUAGGUCAACAAGAAAAUCAAUUAGUAGAAGCCCUGUUAGACUUCCAAAAAGAAGCAUUAGCAGAAGUCCCAUAAGAUCUAGGAGAAGCAUUAGCAGAAGCCCCGUAAGAUCUAGGAGAAGCAUUAGCAGAAGCCCGAGAAGCAUAAGUAGGUGCACUGCUAGGGCUCCUCCUAAGAGAAGUAUCAGCAGAAGUCCAUUAAGGGAACCAAGAAGGAAUUACCGUCGUAGUUAUUCAAGGAGCCCAUCCCCUGUUAGACGGGUAAUGUCACCACCUGAUCAAGGUAGAAGUAUAUCAAGAAGUGCUUCCCCUGAUGCAUCACCUAAGCGUAUUAGAAGGGGCCGGGGUUUCAGUGAGCGGUACUCCUAUGCACGAAGAUACAGAACCCCUUCUCCGGAUCAUUCUCCUGUUAGGUCUCAUCGUUAUGAAGGCAGGAUUGAUCGUGAGAGGUAUUCAAGCUACAGGAGGUAUUCACCCAGGCGUUAUAGAAGCCCACCAAGAGGACGAACUCCUCCAAGGUCUGAUAUGCUGUAUACCAAGUAUAGAGGCAGAAGAAGCCGGACAAGGAGUCCAUCUGUAUCCCCUAACCCAAGGCAUCGAAAUCGUCGAUAUGCUCAUAGCCGCGGCCGUAGCCCAAGUCGAAGUCGGACCCCUAUUCGCAGACGUACACCAGUUGAUUCUCCAAAAGCUGGAAGGCGAAGGUCAACUUCUCAGAGCAGGAGCCGAUCAAGAUCAAGGUCCUCAUUGAAGUCUCCGUCUCCAAAGCAGGCGAACAAAGCUAAGUCAAGGUCAUCUUCUGGAAGUCCUGAUGGUAGAAAGGGCCUGGUUUCAUACGAUGAUGGUUCACCUAGCUCAGGAAGAUGAAUUUGGGUGAAAUUUUGGGGAAGAUUUUGGUGUCAAGUGUCUGAUGAGCCCCAUCUUGUAUUUGAUGCACUGGACUUGCAGCCAGCUUUAGGUACUUGUUGUCUCUCUGUGUUGUUUGUCAGGGGUUGUGGUUAGUAAUUACAUUACCUAAUCCUAUUUUAAGUAUUUUGGUUGA